CUGCAAAUUGGAUAUUUAAUCUUUUUUCCAGCUGGUGAUGGUGAGUCCAACUUCAGAGCAGUAUGACAGUUUGCUCCGGCAGAUGUCAGAGAGAAUUGAUGAGGGAUGUGGGGAGACCAUCUAUGUCAUUGGUCAAGGAUCAGAUGGGACCGAAUACGGUCUGAGCGAGGCAGACAUGGAGGCAUCCUAUGCCACGUUGAAGAGCAUGGCAGAGCAGAUCGAGGCAGACGUGAUCCUCCUGCGGGAGCACCAGGAGGCAGGGGGCAAGGUGCGCGACUACCUCGUUCGGAAACGUGUGGGUGACAACGACUUCCUGGAGGUCAGGGUAGCAGUGGUUGGCAAUGUGGAUGCAGGAAAGAGCACGUUGCUAGGAGUCUUGACUCAUGGUGAACUUGACAAUGGCCGAGGCUUUGCUCGGCAAAAGCUCUUCCGCCAUAAACAUGAGAUUGAGUCAGGCCGCACCAGCAGUGUGGGCAAUGACAUUCUGGGCUUCGACAGUGAGGGCAACGUGGUCAACAAGCCCGACAGCCACGGUGGCAGCUUGGAAUGGACAAAAAUCUGUGAGAAAUCCACCAAGGUCAUUACUUUCAUCGACCUGGCUGGUCAUGAAAAGUACCUGAAAACCACCGUCUUCGGCAUGACUGGCCAUUUACCUGACUUCUGCAUGCUUAUGGUUGGCAGCAACGCUGGGAUUGUUGGAAUGACCAAGGAGCACUUAGGCCUGGCGCUUGCACUUAACGUUCCUGUCUUUGUUGUGGUGACCAAGAUCGACAUGUGCCCUGCCAACAUCCUGCAAGAAACCCUGAAGCUGUUACAGCGACUGCUGAAGUCCCCAGGGUGCAGGAAGAUUCCCGUGCUGGUUCAGAGCAAGGAUGAUGUCAUUGUAACAGCCUCCAACUUCAGCUCAGAGAGGAUGUGCCCGAUUUUCCAGAUUUCAAAUGUCACUGGAGAGAACCUAGAUUUGCUGAAGAUGUUUCUUAAUCUCUUGUCUCCACGGACCAGUUACAGGGAAGAAGAGCCAGCAGAAUUCCAGAUAGAUGAUACUUACUCUGUCCCGGGUGUAGGAACAGUUGUGUCUGGGACGACACUGAGAGGCCUGAUCAAGCUAAAUGACACCCUGCUGCUGGGGCCAGAUCCCCUUGGCAACUUCCUACCGAUUGCUGUCAAGUCCAUCCACCGCAAGAGGAUGCCCGUCAAAGAAGUGCGGGGAGGCCAGACCGCCUCCUUUGCUUUGAAAAAGAUCAAGCGUUCUUCCAUCCGGAAAGGCAUGGUAAUGGUGUCACCCCGCCUGAAUCCACAGGCAUCGUGGGAGUUUGAAGCAGAGAUUCUAGUGCUCCAUCACCCCACCACCAUCAGCCCACGAUAUCAGGCCAUGGUGCAUUGUGGCAGCAUCCGUCAGACAGCCACGAUUCUCAGCAUGGACAAGGACUGCCUGCGGACGGGGGACAAAGCCACAGUGCAUUUUCGCUUCAUCAAAACCCCGGAAUAUUUGCAUAUAGACCAGCGUCUGGUCUUCCGUGAAGGCCGCACCAAAGCUGUGGGUACCAUCACUAAGUUACUCCAGACCACCAAUAACUCACCAAUGAAUUCCAAGCCGCAGCAGAUCAAGAUGCAGUCAACCAAGAAGGGAGCUGUUACGAAACGAGAGGAUGGUGUUCCCCCAGCUGGGACGGCAGCUGGGGGCCCACCAGCUGGUGAUGAGGCCCCCUCAACAGCUGCAGCUCCACUGACACCUACUGCCCUGCAACCAUUGCCUGCGCUGGAUGAAGAGCCCCACAUCCGUGAGGGCAAUAAGUCAAAAGUCGGAGGAGGAGGCCGGCGACGUGGGGGUCAGCGCCAUAAAGUGAAGUCUCAGGGAGCCUGUGUGACUCCUGCCAGUGGCUGCUGAAUUUCUUACUACUCCUCCCUCUGAGGAAUUCCUCCCCUUCCCUUCAUUUCUUAUCCAAAAGAUCCAGAGCAGCUUAAACCAAAACCCAUCCCAGCUGAUUGGCUGCAGAAGAAUCAUCCCUCCUCCCUGAAGGAAGCAAUGGAGAGGAGCAUAAUUUAUAAGCUAAUGAAGGUGAUAAGACACAUAGAACUGAGUAACUGACACCUUCCUCCUCCCCCUAUCGACACAUUUUUGUACAUCAUGGGCUUAGUUUUUAUUCUUAUUAGUUUUUAUUAUAUUUUGUGUGCAUGAAGAUGAGAGGAGAAUCCGGAUAGAACUGCGAAGAGCCAGUUAGCUGCCUCCCUCCUCCCUCACCCCCUUCUGUCCACAGGACUUGCUGCUCUCCUCCUGUUCGCUGUCUCAGAUCCAGGGGUUAUCAAACACCUGAAAUUUCAGAUUUGCAAAGGUUAAAACACGUUCCGUAGGGUGGCUCCAGAGGGCAUUGUUUCUUCACCACCGUGGCCCCGUGCCAAAUAUGUUUCUGGAUUCCCUCCAUCUGAAACUAUUUCUAAGUGGGUUUAAUUUAAAGUUGUAGUGAUCGAAGUUGGAAGGAGGAGGCGGUAAGAAAUGUCAUUAGUUGGAGAUCUUAAGAAGGAAGCGAAUUGGAAAGCAGUUCUUGAUGUUGAGGAAUCCUGUACUGAAUAUCCUUCUCGAAUACGUUGAUAGCACUUAAGAUUUAAAUUAGAGACAGAAUUAAAUGGGCAGUCAUCUGCCCAUCCUGUUCCCCUUCCUAUCAUGCUGCUUUUCCUCUUGUUUGUUCAGUGCACGUUGGAGCAGAUCUAACCUGCCUCUCCAGGCUGCGGCAGCUCAAUUGACAGUAUUAGGAACAUAGUGCAGGAACACCCACUCCAUCCCUUGAGCCAGAGAAAGCUGCCUCACCUCGAUGGACAGAGAUCACAGGUGGGAAUAUACCUUUGGAACAGAGACACCAGGAAAACAUGACUUUCCCUUGAUUUUUGUUUACUCCAAAAUUUUCCCUGCUCUUUUCUGGAACUCACUGGCCAAACUUUGCUGUGGCAGAGGGCAGAGAUGUCAUUUGUCUUCUCCCCUCUUGGCCAGAGGGCAAUGAUGAAUUGGUACCAAACUUAUAGAAGUACUUUCAGGUUUGGAAGUACAUGGUAAUUUUUCUUUUCUUGUUUUUUUUUUUUGUUUUGUUUUUUUUUUGUUUUUUUUUUAAAUGAGAAAUUCUGGCUUCUGCAGGAAGGCCCUGCAAGGACGGUCUAUGAAUUAACUUUAUUGUUUUUUUUUUUAACCCUGGGAUGCGUAAGCGAUUGAUUCCCUGCUUAUUUUGAUCCCUCUUCUUCUAACCCUGCUUCUUCCCUUUGCUCCCGUGAGGACAGGAGUUAUCCUCCGAUGGCCUGUGGGAGCGUGGUAGCAUUUUGAGGGAGGAGGUGGCAUCCUCAGCAAAUCGUUGGCUCUCCCCAGCAGGUGCGGUCAGCCUCGGUUUCUUUGAGGGCUUCCUCCUCUGAUGAAGGACUUUUUCUUUUGAUUAGAAGGAGACUGAAAGGUUUCUGUCUCUCUUUAGCGGGUUGUUCCUGUUUCUAAAUCUGUGGCACUUGCGUGGAGUUCAUUCCAGUUCACCUUGUGAUUUUAGGUAGGCUUUCAAGCCGACUGAGGGACAGC